AUGGCGUGGACAUGCUGCUGCUCCGCCUACGCCGCCGCCGCCACCGCCACUGCCACUACCACUUGUGCUGCUGUAGCUCCCGCCGCCGGAGCUCACAGUCGCCUCACCAUUACUCUCAGAAAGCAGAAUUUCUCCUCGCAGGUACGGUAUUCGAGCAGUGCUAGAACUCGACUGCUUUCAUCCAAUAUCAGAGCUAGGAGCAAAACUUCAGAGAAGGAACUGGAAAUUGAGCCCUCGCCGCCGUCCGAUGAGAUUGAGUGUAUAGGCACUGGAUUGGACGUUGAGUGCGUGGUCAGUCCCAAUGUUGAUUCGUCUGUAAACCCUAACCGGCUGAGCGAGGAAUCAGGUUCGGCUCUGUUGGAAUUGGCGGGGGUUGCUUUGGAAUGGGGUCUCCUGAUAUCCCCCUUUUUCUUCUGGGGCACGGCCAUGGUGGCCAUGAAGGAAGUCCUUCCAAAAACUGGGCCUUUUUUCGUAGCGGCCUUUCGGCUUAUUCCGGCAGGGUUGUUGUUGGUUGGCUUUGCGGCUUCCAGAGGCCGCGGCUUGCCUUCCGGUUUCAAUGCUUGGCUGUCUAUAUCAGCAUUUGCACUCAUUGAUGCUUCCUGUUUUCAGGGUUUUCUUGCUGAAGGAUUGGAGAGGACCACGGCUGGUCUGGGCAGUGUAAUAAUUGAUUCUCAACCUCUGACUGUGGCUAUUUUGGCUUCCUUAUUCUUCGGAGAGUCAAUAGGCUACAUUGGAGCUGCUGGACUUGUACUUGGUGUCUUGGGACUUUUACUUCUUGAGGUACCUGCUCUUACAUUUGAUGCCAAUAACUUCUCUUUAUGGGGAAGUGGGGAGUGGUGGAUGCUUCUUGCUGCCCAAAGCAUGGCUGUUGGCACUGUCAUGGUCCGAUGGGUGUCAAAAUACUCAGACCCUAUCAUGGCUACUGGAUGGCACAUGGUUAUUGGUGGUCUCCCGCUUAUGACAAUUUCUAUUCUGAACCACGAAACUGCUAUGUCGAGUUUUGAUGAGCUUACAAAUAGUGAUACUUUGGCCCUUCUUUAUACCUCUAUUUUUGGGAGUGCAAUCAGCUAUGGCGUCUACUUCUACAAUGCCACCAGAGGUAGCUUGACGAAGCUCAGCUCCCUGACCUUUCUGACUCCAAUGUUUGCAUCAGUUUUUGGUUUUCUCUAUCUUGGUGAGACCUUCAGCCCUUUGCAACUGGUUGGAGCCGUUUUAACUGUUGCAGCAAUAUACAUGGUUAACUACAAAAACUAG